AUGGAACAAUCGCAGGACCCUAACCUCCCUUCGGCCUCACAGGCUGGCCCUUCAGAGGAUCCACUAGACCCUUCAGAAGAGAUGGGAUUUGCAGGGCCGUCUUCCUCUACGCACCUUCCAAGGACGAGAAUGCUCCUCGCCUGUGAUCGAUGCCGUCAACGGAAAACAAGAUGCGAUAGUAACUUGCCAUCUUGCAAUGCAUGUCUUCAAGCAGGUGUGCCUUGCAUGACCGCUGAACGCGAUCGACCUCUCCGUGCCUCUACUAGAACAUUACCCCGAGACUACGUCGAACAACUUCAAAGCCAGGUCCAAGAUCUCGAGUCUCAAUACCAAACCUUGCUUCAACAAGAAUCUAGUAUGGCUGCUGCUCACCUGAUGGUCGACCACUCUGCUGUUAGCAUAGAAUCUGCUCCAGGGUCAUGGGUUCCCCUUUAUCCGAACCCUCCCCAAGCAGAAGUACCCCAUGCUUCAAUGACAAUCUCUAAUCUGGGAGUCCCUACGCAUGACCCUUUGUCAUUUGAAUCUACCCUAUUCGAAGCAAUCAAACUCUCCGGUUGCGAUCCUCUUCGUGCUGAAUCACCAAACUUACUAUUUAGUAGUCUAUCCGCCGCUCUCAAUCACGUUAAUGCUUUAGACCUUCUCAAGAGUAUGGAUUUGCAAAGUCUGAAUGCUGCAGUUAAUAACUACAUCCACUUCAUACAUGCCCAUUACCCGCUCCUCGUUGGAGAGGAAGUCCGUACGAAAUUCGCCAUCAUGAUGAGGCCCGACUAUCGGCCCGGUCAGAUAGCCCCUGCCGAAGAGCUAGUCAUUUACCUCGUCGUGGUCCUCGGGAUGACCACUGCCUCCCAGUUUCGCUCCGUUCAACUCUUUCCUCAGAUGCUAUACUAUGCAGCCUUGAGAACGCCCGGGCUCUUUGACAGCCUGAGUUCUAUCGCGAUGACACAAGCCUUGAUUCUCAUUGCUGUCUAUUCCCUUUAUGAUCCUGCUGCAGGAUCCAGCUGGCACAUUCUCGAUGUAGUUUCUUCACAUUGUUUGUCGAUGGGCUGGCAUCUCAUUUCCUCCUCUCUGGGCAACGGCAUCGAAGGGACAGCUCGGGCAUGGGCGUUUUGGACCCUCUACUCUCUUGACCGCAUGGCCGGGGCAUCUAUGGGCCGCCCUUUUACAAUCGCUAAUGACGAUCUAAUCACCGUCCCGGUCCCCGGAAUGCGCACCCCAGGUCCCUCGGACGAUACUGGCUAUCUCUCUGGUCCGUUAAUCAGUUACUACAGAUUACUUUACCGAGCGCGCCGGAAUCCCGAAGCCGGGUUUGAGCAUUGGGGUGCGCAAUUUAGUGAGUGGUGUAAUACCACCAAAAACGGAGUAAACGAGUACAUUUCCACCGUCCCUAGAAGUGACGAUUGGAUUAAUUCCAUGUACAAAUACAUCGACCUUGUGUACUACCAAGGGCUUUUACUAAUCCCUCAAUUUAACACUGAAUUCCCCGUCAUCACCCCUGAAAUUCAACAACUAUACACUAGCGAUUUGAUCUACCGAGCUGCGCAAAUGGUAGGAUUAAGCUUUGGUGUGCAUAGAUAUCCGUUAGCGUGGACAGCAGGGUAUAAGGCCUUUGCUACUGGCAUGAGCUAUCUAUUCUGCGUGGCGUUGAGGGACAGGAGCACGAUUAAUCUGCCAGAGGUUUAUCACGUCUGCACAGCGUGUAUCAAUUUGAUUGAAGGUCUGGCGGCGAGGUUUGACGGUUUGAUGGGGUAUGCGAGAUUUUUAGUACGAGGUGUGGAUAUGAUGUUGAGGUUGUACAAUGUGGAGGGUAGGAAUAGUCCCAUUGCACACGACCCGCACUUUUUAUAUACACCAUAUUCGGAUGCUAUCCCUCGGUCUCCGAAUUCAGGUAUUCCACGACCGCCCGAUGUCGCUGACCUACACGUUCGGCGAUUUAGAUGUCUUUCAAGGUUAUAUUUGAGAGCCAUGGAGGAUAUUAGACUCAAGUACUUUCCCGACACAAAAGAUAUUUAUGAGUCCGUGGGUCAGGUUGCAGUUGGAGUGUAA